ACACACACACGGAAAAAAAAUCACUUUCGAUAGCAAAACGUUUAGAACAGAGAAAAAAGGCACCAAAAAUAAAUACAGAAAAAAUUAAACAAAAUUAUCCAGAAGAUUUCAUCUCGAACCAUGUCGUAUCAAAUCAAAUCGACGCCCUACUUCCGUCGCAUGUUCAACAAGAGCAAGAAGAACGGGCAGCUGCAGCGAUUGCGGGAUGAGUACGAGCGCAUCCAGGAGUUCAACGAUCGCACCAUCGAGCUGAAGAUGCGCCAGGUGCGGCUCAAGCGGCUCUUUCGCGAGAUCGAGGUGAUCAAGGUGGGGGGCAAUGGUGCUGCUGCUGACUCAGGUGCUGGUGCUGGUGCUGGUGCAGGUGCAUCCACCAGUGGGGCCAGCAGCGGCACAAUGCCACCUGCUGGUGGUGCUGGCCAGUCGACCAGUUUUGCCGGCGGACGCAUUACCCGCCGGAGGCCACCUCAUACCACCAGCAGGCUGGCGAACACAACGCCACAGCAGCGAUCGCACGUGCAGCGCGUGGAAACGCUGGCCCGGGCGCGUCUGCUGGGCCAGGAGAUCUCGCGCCGGAAUGGCCAAAUGGCGGAGGCCGGCACCGGCGGCUUUCUGCGCAGCGAACUCCGGAUGACGGCCAAGGUGCAGGCGGCCACUGAUGCGCGGCGCGCGGCCGUGGAGCGCCGGGAGCGUGCCGCCAAGCGCAUCUCCUAUGGCAACGAUCAGUCGCGCCAGAAUAUGCAGCGCUUGCUGCUCCUGCGCCAGCGCAGACAUGCACAGGCGGCGGCUCCGGUGGCGGCUCCGGUGGCGACGACAGUGGCUACAGUUGCUCGGCCACGUCCGCAUGCCAAUGCGCAGGUGCCCAUAACGCAGCAGCUGCCCAGUCGCCUGUAUCCGGACUACCGCCAACUGACGCCCAGCCAGCUGCAAUUGCUGGCCGCGAGCAGCAGUGGACGCAGUACAGCAGCAGCGGAUGCUGGCCAGCAGCUGGAGCAGCACGGCGAGCGGCAGGAGCAGCCGAUGGGCGAUAGUGUGCAGGUGGGACGCGAUCAGGAUUCGUACUCGGAUCACAGUUUCCAUACGGAGGACUGGAUGUCGCCGUCGCUGGACGCCAUGGACAGCGAGGAUGAGCGCGAGAUGCGUGAGUUGAUGGACCAGAUGCGACAGCGGUCGCGGGCUCGGGGGCGGUGUCUCGAGCUUGGGCGGGUGGACGCGCAUGACGAUCGGGAGGAGGAGGUGGUGCGGCAGCGCAGCUUGCGGGUGCUGCACAUGGCUCCGUCGCCAGUGGGCGUCUCCCACUUGUCCUUCAGCUCGACGGGCACACAGACGACGAAUCCGACCAGGCGCAGCUAUCGCACCACUGGCACCAGGCGCACCACUGCAACCACUGGCUCCACUCGCACCACUGGCACCACUCGCACCACUGGCUCCACUCGCACCACUGGCACCACUCGCACCACUGGCUCCACUCGCACCACUGGCACCACUGGCACAUUGGUCACGGCAGCCACAUCGCCAGUGAAUGUGGCGCACCAGUGCGUAGCCAGCAAUGUGGAGAUUCCUCACACCAACGAGAUUGACGCCGCUGGCUGCUCCCAGUCCGCCACCAUAGCGUCGCAUCAGCCCAGUGGCAUGGUGCCGCCUCCACCGCCACCGCUGGAGGAUGAGCCGCCGACGGAUACGCUGUCCAACUCGAGCCGCUGGCAUCAGAUCUCGUUGAUGCUGCCCUGGUUUCGCGCCUUUCCCGACCUGCCCACCGACUAUGCCGUCGCUCCGCCACCCGAUGUGCCCAUGAGCUGUGAUUCCAGCGGCUACGAUGUGCCGCCAUCUGCGCCAAGUGUGCCCACUGCGCCACAGCGCAUGUACAUGGAGCAGUCCAGCGAGGCGGCCACGCAGGCGGCGGAGGAGCCGUUCUCGUCGGCCAACUGCCAGCGCCUGCUGUCCGCCAUCAAGUUCAACGAGGCAGGCGCACGUUAGACGCACUGCAGCACGCUAGCUUCGGGCACGCCUCAUCCCGUCCAGCCACUGGCCACCAGGGAAGGUAUAUCGAGGCAGCAGAAAUUCAAGCACCUUUUCGUCUCUCUUUUUAUUUGGUAACAAAAAUUGUUGGUAUUAGAAAAGCAAACAAAAAAGAAUGAAAAAACUAAAAGAAAAGAAAUGCAAAA